AAAGUUCAUAAUAGGUACCGUGAGUAUGGUACAGGGUUGUCAACGUUAUCUGAUACUAUCGCAACAACAUUUUUCAACACUGAGAAAGGUUAAUCUCUAGUCGCACGUGUCAAUGGAAACUAUUUCACGUUUGACAAGCUCGAGUGAAAGUUUUCAACAUGUCCAAUACGCCGAUCAAAGGAUAUUUGCUGCUCAGGGGACCAACCCAUCUUACCAGUCGAAUCUUCGUAGGAAACCUGCCGCCAUGCAGCCGCAAGGAACUUGCUCAGCUAUGUGCACGUUAUGGAAAAGUUUUGGGUACAAUGAUUGAAGAGACGUUUGGUUUCGUUCAGUUCGAGAGCGAAAGACAGGCCAACAUAGCUAUUCUGGCUCUGCACCAGUCGCGAUUCAAGGCCAAAACCCCGACUGUCCACAACGCCACCUUUCAAUCUAUGGAGGAACAUGGAUAUGACCCCAGACGGUUCGGGGAGGAUGUGCUCGUCGCCGAGGCCGACUCUUCGGGGCAGGAUCUGAUUGCCGACUGCUAGAUCAUAGCCAUGGAUCUCCAAGGCUUCCGAG